GCUGGGAACGAAAGCUCCAAAAUGCAGUGUACAGAGAACUGCAUGUCCAGCUGCCCCCGAGCCAUCCCGCGGCUCCUCCAGAGCAUCUCAAAGAGCCGCUGGCCUACAUGCGCAAGGCACAGGCCAGCUGGGAGAAGCGCGUCCUCAAAAGCCUGAACAGCAUGAGUACAGAGCAUGAAAUGCCUCUGGCUCGCAUGAGGCCCGCAGCGGAGCAGAAGGAGCUCACCAACAAAUGGAAUGAGAUGGGCACGGAUGAACCAGAUUUAAGUAGCUUUAGGCCUGUCUACGCCCCUAAAGACUUUCUGGAGGUGUUAAUCGGCUUGCGGAACCCAAAUCAUGAUAGCAGCGAGGACGUCAGCAUCAAGAGCCACUGGGGUCUCAUCCAGGUUCCCCUCAAUGUCAGGGACAUCCCACAACUGAGAAGGGCUUACUCAGAGCUGAACCUGACCAGUGGGCAGUUGGGGAUUGAUGACCAUGCACACAUCCAUCCAGAUUUGUUUGAAAACGAGUAUGUUCAAAUCGGGAAAAAAGUGGUCGUGGAGCAGGACAGUGCGGCAGCGCAGCAGUACAGCAGGCAGGGCUGUCCCACUGGGCUACGGGCGGACCUGUGGGCCCUCAUCCUUAACUCUACGAACCAGCCACAGGACGUGAUGCAUUAUGAACAGCUAACGGCCGGAGUCAUACAACAUGACCUGCUGGUGGACAACCUUAUCUAUAAGGAUGUGAAGCUCACCGCCAGUAAUGACGACUACUACUUUGUGUUUGAAGAUUUCCUCUAUCAGGUGUUGCUGUGUUUCUCUCGAGACACCGCUGUCUUGGAACACUUCAAAUACAACAGUGCCUCUCCUCCCAGAUCCUACAUCCAGGGAAAGGGAGAAGAUGAGGAGUGUGCUGUUGUUUAUCCUCCCAACGGUGUAAUCCCAUUUCACGGGUUUUCAAUGUAUGUGGCACCUUUGUGUUUCUUGUACAACGAGCCAUCCAAGCUGUACAGUGUAUUCAGGGAAAUGUACAUCCGCUACUUCUUCAGAUUACACUCUAUCUCCUCCUCUCCCUCGGGUAUAGUGUCUUUGUGCCUGCAGUUUGAGCGGCUGCUGCAGACCCACCUGCCUCAGCUCUUCUACCACUUACGACAGAUUGGGGCACAGCCGUUGCGUAUCGCCUUUAAGUGGAUGGUGCGGGGCUUUUCUGGCUAUCUGUCUACUGACCAGCUGCUUCUCCUCUGGGACCGAAUACUGGGAUACGACUCACUGGAGGUGGUCGCAGUCUUAGCAGCAGCUGUGUUUGCCUUCCGCGCAGAGAACCUGAUGGAAGUGACGUCACUGGCCUCAGCUGAGGCCGUCCUCGCUGACCUUUCCACUCUGAAGGUCAUGCCGCUCAUCCAGAUCUUUCUGUUCGCCACCGCCAUCUGAGAAGCACGGAUAACUACAGAUACAGACGCACCGCUUGGAGGAUAACUACAAAAAUGCCACUUUGCAAUGCCAUUACCACAACCAACGCUAUUAAUCAUCAAUCUAGAAACACGUGUGACAUAUUAGGAAAUAAUGAAGCAAAACUUACACAGGCAGACUUCAUCUUCUUGCACUGGUUCAAGCAAAAAAAAGCCAAACUCUUAAGCAUGGAUGCACCAUAAAUAGUGAAUGCCCUGUAUCAUAUUAUUAGAUAGUAUACAGUAUGUAAGUAUAGCCUACAGACCAGUAAGGUUAAACUAACCUCCUUAAGCCAUAUGCUCUGCAGGAAAGAUGAUACGCGCAGCUCGGAUCAGCUGAGAAGCUCAUUAGGUGAUGAGUUGCAUGAAGCGGUAAUUGUAUUGCGAUAGCAGCGUGUGAGAGAACAACAGAAACAUCUCCAAGCUUGGCUAAUGAAGUGUUAAUUAGCCAUUGCAAUUUACCCUGCUCCGUAGCUCCUGCUUGUUAUAACACUAUUAAUGCUGUUGGUGAUGAAUGAGGAGAUGCGAAGCAUUAGCCAGCGUGUUGAAAGAAACAGUCAAAAGACACAAACUGGAUUAAUAUGUAACUUAUAUGAUAAGAAGCUGCUGUGUGUGCACAUAAUUUAUGGUAUUUAUGAAGACAUUGCAUAUUACUGCACUCUUAUGGGACAUUUAGCACCUCCAGUGCCAGUAUUUAUUUAAUUUCAUCAUGAACAUUUUAUUUUUGUUUUCAUUUUUAAAUUAUGCAUUUAAUUCCUGAAUGUAUACGCCUGUUUUUUUUUUUACUGCUUAGAAAAUCGUGUAUGACAGCUUUU